GAAAACACUAAACUUCAGAAACGAUACUCAGUGUGGUCAAGUCAUUGCGUGCAGGUUGCGUCGUGGUCAUUAAUAGUGUAUGAUUGAAGUUUAAUUUUCACGUGCAAAUAAGAGUAUCUUGAUAAUUAGUGCAGAGGUUAUUUUCAUGUUGAGUAGGUCUGUUUACUUGCACUGCCACGAGUGACGGUAAAAGUAGCAAUAAUAGUGCUGGUGUUCCAAAAAUUGCUAGCGAAACCCUGCUGCUUGUUUUGAUUGAAAACUGUAUCUAUACUUCUGGACAGAUACCUCUGAAAUAUGGCCGAUACAACUAGCACAAGCACUUCAACGCAACCGCAGGUUAAAGGUUGGGCAACGCUGAAGAAACGUCUGAUUGAAGAGAAAGUUGAAGUUGCUUUAUGGGCAACGAGAAUUUUCACAAUAUUUUUUACUUUUGGGUAUUUCGUCCCUAUCUUCGGAAACGCCUAUAAUGCAUACUAUAAAGCACUGAUGUCCAAUGCUGCAACAAGUGCACUGCGACUACAUCAGAGAAUUCCUCGAGUUUCAUUCUCUAAAGAGUUCCUUCAGCAAUUGUUAUCAGAAGAUAGCUGCCACUAUUUGUUGUACUCUCUUAUAUUUCUAUAUGUAGCUCCAGUUGGCUUGAUUCUGUUGCCAGUGUUUUUAUUCGCAGUGCUUCAGUUCUCACGAUACUCUCUGAUUUUAUUGGAUGAUUUGGGACAGAACUCAUGGUGGGCAGCUAGGCUGCUCAUCUCACUCGUCGAGUUCCAGACAUACAAUAUUCUGAGGCUGGUCGCCUUUGUGGAGAUUGUCCUGAUGCCAAUUGCUGUUUUGUUAAUACUUGUUGGAAAAGCAGGUCUCAUCACACCAUUUGUUUAUUACCAUUUCCUGCAAUUACGCUACACAUCCCGCCGUAAUCGAUAUACCAGGACAAUGUUCUACGAGUUGCGAGUCCUGUUAGAGCACACGGCAAACAAGCCAAGUGUACCUGGAUUUGUACGAUCUGCCCUGCGUACGAUCGUCGCCUUUACUCUGAGGCUCGCACCACAGCUACCACCAGGACAGCAGUGAACUUAUUGUAAGAUGUUUGUCAAAAAAGAAAAACUGAGGAGAAGGGAAAAAGACAAAAAAAGAAA